AGCAAUUGCAAAAAUUGGAGAAAUGCUAGAAAUGGAUGGUAUAUGUGGUGGCAUCAAUGAGAUACGAAGAAUGCUACAAGAAUCUGAGAAUGAGGAUGUGGAUGAGUCAGACCUGGAGCUUUUUGAUGACAGUGAUGAUAAGGCUGCCCAAUCUACAACAGACAAACAACUCAGUCUGCAUUCGGCAAAUUUUGCUAUGGAGAUUAUUCAAGAGUCAGAUGCAGAGGAUUGUGGUGUCCGUUAUAUAAUGAAUUUGCUAAGAUCCAGUGGUGAAUUAGUGUCAAGAGCAUCACGAGCCCGUCGAGCAUUGGCAAAUGAAAAGGCAGAAGGCAAUCAUAUUGACUGGUUAUUCACUAAACAUGACCUGGAAAAGAAUCUGUCCUGGGGUCUUGAAUUUUCUCUUUGCGAGCGAGCUGGGUCUAUCACAGAUAAUGGAAAGAAGGUUACAUCAGAUUCAGUUAAAGUACAAAAAUUGUUACGGGAUAUGCAUUCGAGUUUGAUGGAUCAUAUCAAGACCUUGGGUGGAGGAUUAACACAGCAGAUGUUGCGGGCAUCAACAAAACUUGUCAUGCCAGGUUUUAUUUCCAAUUGUUUUGAGCUUCGGGUCUUUCUCCUUGUAUACAUUGGGGGAAAUUUCUAUGCAUCAAUGGAAUUGGCAAGACUUGAUAUCCCAACCACACACAAGGAAUUAAAAAAUAUUGUUAAAAUUGGCGAAGUUAUGUUACAAGCAACGAAUGUUUUACGUAGUACUAUCAAUCGUUUCAAACGAAUGAAACAAAAAGCUGAAAAAGACAAGCUAUCAGUCCAGAAAAUAAUCCCCUUCGAACGAACUGAGGAAGAGCGUACACCAAAAAAACCAAAAAACAAUCGAAAGAGGCAAGCUUUAUCUGCAAUCAAUUUUAU